AUGGUUACACAUGCCAGACACGAAGGUGCUGAUGAUGAUGCAAAGAUAAUGCACGUCCCAGCAGCUGAUGAGCAGUCACUGAAUUACAUGAAGCAAACAUGUAUCAAGGAUAUGAUUUCUCUCUCAGUGGAUAUCUCAGUGUCCCCACCAAUUCUUAUCGAUCAUUGGGCUCAUGAACAUCCACUGGCACUCGAACACAAAAGUGCUUCUGUUAUUACUAUGGAUUAUUCAAACCAAGAAUCAUCAGUUGGACCGAUCCUAUGUGACGGUUGCACAAAACCUAUCUCAUCCUCUUCGGACGAUGCCAAUGUGUUAUAUAAAUGCAAUCAGUGCAGUUAUGCUCUCCACAGAUAUUGUGCACUGAUUCCUCAGGAGAUGAAUCAUUCCAAGUUGGGCAUGUUGAAGGUACAUAAAAGGCGUGCCUUGAGCAAUAAACUAAAAUGUUGUGAGAGUUGCAACAUUUUUAGCAACGGCUUCAUGUUUAGAUCAGAAGACGAGAUCUACGAUGUCGGGUGUGUAUGUCUACCUGAAAAAAUCAAACAUAUAACACAUCAUCACCCCCUUAAACAACGUAGUUCUGUAAAUGGAGCAGUUUGUAAGGCAUGUUCUUCUGAAUGUUGGGGUUGGUCGACUAUCGUGUAUGGGUGUGAAAUUUGUGAUUUCAGUUUACAUUCGGACUGUGCUCUUAAGCCACGCACAGUUCCGCAUAGAUGGGAUCCUCACCCACUCCGUUUAAUUCUUUCGAUUGAGGACGAUGUAGAAGACCAUCCCCAUGAUUUCGAAUGUGAAUUUUGCUCACAAGUAAUAGACACAAACACUUGGUUCUAUCACUGCAAUAUUUGUGAUCUAUCUUUUCACAUGUUCUGCAUAGAUCCUUAUUUCGUUUAUGCAAACGUUAAGUUUGGGGCUACCGGUAUCAAGAAGGAGGAUCGCGACUUGACCUUAGUCCUAAACAAGAAGGGGCUGCCGGCAUUAAAAAGAAGGAGCGGCCGCUUGUGGAAGCUGCGGGAUUGA